GCAGGCAGGACUCUGAUCUGCUGCCUCCUCUCCUCCCUGAACCUAAACUCAACCGAUCAGACGGCAACAUGACUCUCCUCCUCCUCCUCCUCCUCCUGCCUCCUCUUCUCCCUGUGAGUAUGCUCAACCAAUCGGAGGACAACAUGGAAUCUCCGUCUCUCCCCCCCCCACCCCCCCCCUCACAGGAGAUGAUGGUAAAGAAUAUGCCCUUGAAGUUGGGCCACACGUUGACCGUCACCGGGAUCCCCAAGGCGGGUACAAAUCACUUCGUGGUGGAAAUCCUCUCCGGGGCCUACAAAGCACUGCACAUAAACGUGCGGUUCAACCACAAAGGUGUCCUGAGGCAGGUGGUCUGCAGCGCGGAGCUGGCGGAUGGCUGGGGGGCCGAGGUCCGCCAGGGGGGGUUCCCCUUUAAAUACGACGAGCUCUUCAAGUUCACUGUCACCCUGACCCGUGAGGAGUUCCUGGUGCUCCUGAGCGAUGGCUCUGAGAUCCACUUCCAAAACAGCCUGGGGGCGUCUGAGUACAAGAGCUUCUCCUUCUGGGGCGGCGUCCUCAUCCGCAGCUUUGAGAUCAACUAACCCUGAGCUGGAUCUCCUCCUUCAGUCUGGUGGCCUCUCCUCACAGCAGACCGGUUCACAGGCAGAUGAGAACCACUCACUACAUCAACCUCUGACAUCCCUGUGUUAGAUGUUCUUUACAAAGCUUUUUCUGCAAUGGUAACACUGAUUGAUUUGUUUUGUUUAGGCCUUUGUACUCCUUUGAGCAGUGGCGAUUUUGGUUUGGAAACUCUGGUGGGGCCCAUGCAGGAAAAUAUUAUAACGCAAUCCAGAAAUACCACAUAGGCCUAUUACUACCAUCACCACAAAAACAGUAGCAAGUGACAGA